AUGUCACCUACUGAAGAUUAUAUAAAUAAUCUUUCAAUUCAAAUGAAUCGUUAUUUUUCCAUUGUAAUUUUUCUCUUUGGAACAAUUGGAAAUCUUUUGAAUAUUUGUGUUUUAUCUCAACGAAUAUUUCGUUCAAAUUCAUGUGCAAUUCUUUUUCUUUUUUCAUCAUUUGCAAAUUUAAUUGCAAUUUUAUCUGGUCUCCUUUCACGAACAUUUUCCGGAUGGAUAGUUGAUUUAACAAAUACAGAUCGAUUUCUUUGUAAACUUCGAGCUUUUAUUCUCAAUGUUGCAAGACCAAUUGCAUUUUGGUUAAUUCUUUUAGCAGCUAUUGAUCGAUGGUUAUUAUCCAAUCCUAAUGCUUAUUAUCGACGAAUGAAUACAUUGAAAAAUGCGAAACGAAGUAUGAUUAUUAUAACAAUCUUAUCAAUAAUUCUCUUUGCUCAUAUUCUUUAUUGUUAUGAACCAAAUCUUGUGAAUGCGCCAUUGAAAUGUUAUGGAGUAACAGUAACAUGUCGUCUUGUCACUGAUAUAUUAUUUACAUUUGGAAGUACUCUCAUUCCUAUAGUACUCAUGUUUAUAUUUGGUUUAAUGACCAUUCGAAAUAUACAAAGUUCAAGAAAGAAAGUUCGACCAACAGAUUUUCCCAUGGAAACUAAUCAAAUAUCAAUUGGAGAAAGACAACGACCUAGUUUAAGUAAAUCGGAUUAUCGUCUAGUGAUGAUGUUACUUGCACAAAUCUUACUUCUGUUUAUAUUUGGUCUUCCAUUGGGUGUACAAAAAUUAUAUGCGACAAUAACAAUUAAUCGACCAACAUCACAACUACAAACAGCAAUCGAUAAUUUUGCCUAUAAUUUUACUUUACUAUUGAAUUUUUUGGCAAAUGGAAUACCAUUUUAUAUUUAUACAUUAUUUGGUGGAGAAAUAUUUCGAAAAGCACUUUUGAAAGUGUUUUUUACAAUCAAACAAAAAGUUUUUCAUUCAAUGUUGUAUUGUCACUAA